UCAACACUUUUAUCUCCUUCGUGUUCCCCAUGGUGGUCAUCUCUGUGCUCAACACCAUCAUCGCCAACCAGCUCAUGGUGAUGUUCAAACAGGCUGCCCAGGAGAACCAGGUCUGCACCAUCGGCGGGCAGCAGACGAUGCUCAGCAUGUCCAUGGAGCCCAGCCGCGUGCAAGCCUUGAAGCACGGCGUGAGGGUCCUACGUGCUGUGGUGAUUGCCUUCGUGGUCUGCUGGCUCCCCUAUCACAUACGGCGUCUCAUGUUUUGCUACGUCCCCUCCAGCCACUGGACAGAUUUCCUUUUCAACUUCUACCACUACUUCUACAUGCUGACAAAUGUCCUCUUCUACGUCAGCUCGGCAAUCAACCCCAUCCUCUACAACCUGGUGUCUGCAAACUUCCGACAGAUCUUCCUCUCCACACUCACAAUCCUGUGCCUGCCGUGGAGGAAGAAGAAGAAACGAUUGGCCUUCACCAGGAAAUCCAACAGCAUCUCCAGCAACCACACAUUUUCCAGCCAAGUCACAAGGGAAACUACAUACUGAAGCCAAAGGAGGAAGGGAAAUGCACUUCGUUGUGGAGUCAAAACUUGAGAGAGGCCUCUGUGACUUUCAUGCAUGGUCUCCAAAUUCACGUAACACAAAUGUGUUUAGCAAAGUCAUUGUUGUUGGAAAAAUAGGCUU